AUGCUUCAAUUUGUGGUUUCUGAAUGGAAACAAAUUCAAUCAAAAUGUGAUGUGACUCUGUCGCCACUAUCUCAACCGCUGAUUACAUUUUAUCUGUUUGAACCAACACCAUCAACAUCUGAAGUUACUACUCAGCGACAACAACCAGUUAUUGUUCGUAUAGAUAAAUAUUUCGUAAAACUUCGUACAUGCAAACAACUUAAAGCUUUGUUCAAGGUCUGCGUGUGUUCAACGCAGUUCAUAGAUGAAAUUUCAUUUGCAGAAUGUCGUCGCUUUAAAGGAAUUUACUGA